UUGUCCUCUAUAAAUGCAGAGAUUAUUCGGCACAGUCGCUUUCCGAUCCUGGUAGGCUUCACUCCACAAGACUCCUCUCUGCUGAGGCUUCAGUUCACUCGUCUAAAGACAUCAUGAGGGUCCUUUUCCUCCUCUGGGUCCUUCUCCUCUUCCUCUACCAGUCUGCUCCAGCGACCGGGGACCUCUACGACAGCCUUCAAUGCUACAACAACCGGGGACACUGCCGAAGACUUUGCUUCUACAACGAAGGGCAGAUUGGCACCUGCACCAACAGAAGGCAGCGGUGCUGUAAGUGACGGCCUGGGAGGAUCCGGAAGCCGCAGGAGAUGGGCGGAGCCCUCCCAAAACAGCGGCAGUGGAAGAAAUAUGGGUCAUGCCACCAAACUGCACUCUAUCUUUGGAAUCAGAAUGAUGGUGAAGUGGAUUUUUUAUCAUUAAACUGUGUAUUUUCUUAUUUUUUAAAAAAAAAAACAGCCCCCUUGGGCUUAAGUUUUCAAUGACUGUACUCUUUCCCAUUCCAAAUUAGUUUCCUUGUCACAUUUUCUUCAUAUUUACCGCAACAGCCACAGUAGUGUAGUAGUUGUUAGAGUAUUGGACUAGGACCUAGGAGACCAGGGUUCAAAUCCCCACUCAGACACUGGGCGACGUUGGGCCAGUCACAAUCUCUCAGAAUGACCUACCUCACAAGGUUGUUGUGAGGAUAAAAUGUACGCCACCUUGAUCUCCUUGGAGGAAAGGUAGGAUAUAAACAUAAUAAAUAAAAUAACAAAUGCAAGUUGGAAGCCUGAGCAUCUUCACUGAGCUUCUGCUAAGCCAGCAGUUGCCAACCUGGCAUCCUCCAGACGUUUUUGUCUACAAAGCUCCCACCAGGCUCAGCUAGCACAGCCAUAUUUCUCUCCCCGGCUGGGGCUGAUGGGUAAUCCAGAGCUUUGUUCCAGGUUGGCGAAGGCAACACUAACCUGUUCUUCUGCUCUCUUUGUAGAUCAGGGGUGGGGAACCUGUGGCCCUCCCGAUGACGUUGGAAGCCAGACUCUCAUCAGCCCCAGCCAGCAGGGUCAAGGGUUAGGGUCCGGGGUGAUGCAACUGUAAGCCAACAACACCUGGAGGACCACAAGUACUCCAUCCCUGCUGCAGAUCAAAUGUGAUACAGCUUUGUGCCAGCAGAUGGCAGUCCACACCCAGUUUACUUUGCCCAACGGAUUCCAAGCGACCAGAGUGCACUCUUGUGGUUUCUCCAUAAGGUGCCCGUGUGUUGUACGCAACAGAGGACAGUCCUCUAUUUAAGGGCUGUCUGGUCCGAGCCCAGUUUAGAGAUAUAUAACCAUAGGAAGGUAGAGCAAGCAUAAAAUUACCCAUCCGUAGCUCAGUUCUGUAGGUCAGCAAUCGAGCCUCUGCCUUGCAUGCAGAAGGUCCCACGUUCAAUCCCUGGCAUCUCCAGGUAAGGUUGGCAGAGUACCCUGCCGGAAACCUUGGAGAGCCACUGCUGCCAGUCAGUGUGGACAAUACUGAGCUAGAUGGACCAAUAUGGUCAAUAUAAGGCAGCUUCCUAGGCUCUUACGAUCCACAGCAAGUAUCUGGACAGCAGACUGGCACACAGGCCACUUUCUCACAGUCUUCCCCACUCUGAUGAGAUGUAGUGCAUUUCUAUUUGAAUUACAAUUGUUCUUUCUAAACAUGCAUCUACACACAAAUAAACAAGCUGAUGCUCAUUUUAUGCAAA